CGAACCGUUCGAACGUAAACAAACGAAACAGUGUUUCGCGUGUGUCCGGACGAGGCAAUCGUCGCAACGAAGCUGCAGAUUGCCUCGUCCCGAACGGGAACUAAAAACACAAGUCGAUCGAACGAACGAACAGUAAUUCGGAUUGUUGGUGGUUACUUGCGUGCACGAUGUCGAUCGUGCGGCGGAAAUUAGCCUCCGCGAAAGCCCCGGCAUCGUCGAAGAACCUUCCGUUGCCGAGCGGGAAGGAAAACGAGCGUAUUUUCGUGCGAACGACCGCGUCCGCGACCGGUGAAAAGCCGAAUAAAACCGUUCCACGAAAACGCGCUGCUUUGUUCACGGGCGACGAUCGAAAAAGACCGCUCGGAGAGGCGAACGCGCGAGCAUGCGAGAGCAUCGCGAAGAAGACGCUGUUUCACGUUCACUGCGACGAGAACAACGACCCGCCGAGACAUGGUGCAGCAUCACAGGAAGAAUCGAGGCCACGAUUGCAACGGCGACUGUGCUGCGGUUCGAGCUUGGAUCCGGUGAAUUCUGAGAAUCUCGUCGUCCCCUCGAAAACUUCCAGAAUUGAAAUCGGACGUAAACAGCCCAUCUUGGAUGUUCCGGGGACACACAGAUUACUGAAUAAACGGGCGUUGAACGACGACAUCCAGAAAGAUGGAAGGCAUUUGGCAUCGAAGAUUCCUCGUCGAGUCAGAUCAACUUCCUGUACCGUGGACAAGUCAAAGUUCCGAUCGUCGAGCACGACCGACGUUAGAAUCGUGUCACAGCAGAAACCACAGAACACGCGAGUGUCGUUUAAACCUGUGCCGACCGUUGCGCGAGCGAAUUGCCUGUUAAGGUCUGGAACACCGCUCCCUCAAGCGCGAACGAAAUUCAGUGAUGCCAAUAUCAGAAGAAAUAGGGAUGCAAGGGAUAACGUGAACAAGCAUGAUUCGAUCCAGUUGGGAUCACCGGUGGACAGAGAGACCCAAUCGCGAGCCAACAGCACGAGGCUCACGCUGAACAAUGCCGUGUUACCGGAUUUAACGGAAUCGCCAGUCGUUCCUUUGAAGUCGAUAGUUCCCCGACCGGAGUGCGUGACCGCGAAUACCUACUUAGUCAACAAGGAACCAGCUGUCAGAUCAUCGAAUAAGGUACACGCGUUUCCCAGCGAGUUGCUCUGCCAUGCGGAGUAUCACAACGAAAUGCCUGGCGUCGAGCGGGAAAGGGAGGAACGAGCCCCUCGGCUGUCGGCGAACUUUCUGAGGGUGUACAUGAACACCGAACAGAGAAAGCUCGUCGUAAUGUUCCUGAUCAGUAUGGGGACGCACUGCUGCUAUCCUUCUUGCAUCAUUUAUCAAGCAGUGAAGUUGUUCGACGCUGCGAUGGACAAAAUCCGAGCGGAGACAAAGUAUAUUCAGCUGACGGCGCUGGCGAGCCUGUGGAUUGCGCUGAAAAGGCAAGAAACACUGAACAAAAUACCUACGGCCACGAAGAUGAUAGCGCUCGCCAAGGAUCUCUACGCUGGACGGGAGGAUCUACUGAUAGAUUACGAGAGUAAAAUUCUACGAGCUCUGAACUUUAACGUCGUUUUCCCCGAUGCGUACUCUUUGUAUAGGUACCAUCUGAUCAACUACUAUCGCGUCGAUGUUCCCGAGAAAACGUUCGCGUUUCUCUGCCAUGCGGGCGGUUACGUGAUCGACAUCACGCUGCUGGACAAACAGUUUUGUCACAUGUCGCCGGCAUUGAUCGCCGUAACGGCGGCCGAGCUGGUUCUUGGUCUCGUUUUGGACGAUAUUCCACGGUGGCUUUUUUGGAGAGGUCUGCUUUACGCCGCCGGGAAUUCCUCGAACGACAGGUUCCAGGAUGAAGAAAUCGACCGGUGUCGGGUCAGGAUGCUCCGUUCCAUUUUGAAAUCCGGCAAAAAGUACAACGGUUUCGACGCGGUGUAUAAAAAGUACAGUCGCAGUAGAUACGGUCGGAUAUCGGAACAAUUUUUCAAGCGGGCCACCGAGUUAUCGCAGAUCGAAACCUUCGAUCCCUAAAGAAUCGCGCGUCGUGAUCCGUCGGGUAUGUUUCAUUCUAUAAUAUUCAAGAUAUUGCUCACGGUGCUUAGUGGGUAGCGAUACUGUAGAAAUAAAGGCAACUGGUUACGUUA